UACUCAAUUUUUGAAAAACUAUUAACCUUUUCAAAUAGUGCUAUAAAAUUCAAAAUAUGUCCAUAAAAUUUAUGAAAACCAAAAAAUGUUCCCAUAUUUUAAACGACAUUUGUGGAUCAAAAAAUGUACACUGAUUAGAAAAAUCUUCGUGAGUUCGCAAAAUGAUCAUGAUCUAAAAAAUGCUCAUGAAUUUGUAAAGAAAUUUAAUGAUUGCAAAAAAUAUUCAUGAUUUCAACAAAAAUCUUUGCAAAUUCGAAAAAUGUUCAUGAUCUCAGAGAAUAUUUGAGAUAUCCAAAAAUGUUCAUGAAUUUGAUAGAAGUUCGCGAAAUGAUGUGGAAAAGAAAGGAAGAAAGGAAAAAUGAAAAUGAAAAAUGAAAAAAAGGAACAUGAAUACAAUAAAAACGAAAGGAAACAAAAUAAAUAAAGAAAGCACAAAAAAUAUAAAGAAAGAACAAGAAAUCAAACUGGUCGGGGAAGGUUCCAGGACCUUCCAAAAACGGGUAAUAGCCAUUUGGGCCAGCCCAAGUGUACGUAGUAGGGAGCUGGGGGUACAAAUUUGGUCGCCAUGUUUGUCUCAAAAGAAUUUGGUUGUUACUUGGCGACCUACGCGCCAAGCAGGAUCCGUACCUCGUGUGCGCGUCUAUGCCUAGCUCUUAGUGAGCACUCAGUCAGACUUCCCUGUAGCGCUGCAUAUUGAUCGUGCUCACUAGUAUGAGGCGGCUGUCUCUCAAAGCACAGGCGAGACACGCCUUUUUUUUUUUGCCCUUUUGGGUUUUAUUUUCAUAUUUUUGUUUUCAAAUUUUUUAUAUGAAAUAUUUUAAGUAUUUUGAGUUUUUACAUUUUAUUCAUGUAUUUAAUAUGUGGUCACAUACUUUUAAAUAUUGUUGGUGCAAUUUAAAGAGUGGCCCAUAUUGAAAAAUAAUGCUCUAUAAUGAAAUCCUCAAAAAUACACAAUAAUUUUUUUAAAUCCAAGAAAAACAUUUUAGAAUAUACAAUGACUAAUUUUUAAGAUACAUCAUUUUCAAAAUAGGCGACAACCAUUUUUAAUAGAAUCUGGACAUUUUCUAAAUGCAUGAUGAACUUUAUGAGAUACACAAGGAAUUUUUGAAUUACAUGAUGAAAAUUUUUAAAUUCGUGAUGGACAUCUUUGAAAUACACCCCAAACUUUUUCAAAUACACAUCAAACAUUUUAGUAUGACUAUGAACAUUAGAUGGUAAAUAUUUUGAAAUACAAUCUAACUCUUUCUUGCAGUAAACUUUGAACAUUUUUAAUAGGCGGGAGAUUUUUAAUGAAAUUACAUGGUGGAGGUUUUUUUAAUACAUCAUAAUUAUUUUUUAAAUACACGAUGAACAUUUCUGAAGUACAUGAUGAAAAUUCUUAAAAUACAUUAUGUUUUAAAACAAAGUUGACUGUAUACUUUUUAUGUUAUUAUUGAACAAUAUAUUAUAAGCUGAAAAACUAAAAUAUGACAAAUUAAUAAGAAAUACAUGAUCGAAAUGUAAAGGAAAAAAUAAAUGAAAAGGAAGAAGGAAAAAAAAUGAUAUGAGAAAUAUAAUAAAAAGAACGAAUAAAUAAAUUGAAAAAAGAUAAGAAGGGAAAUUGAAAAAGAUAGAAAAUUAAACGGAUAACAAGAAAUAUAAAGAAAAAGAAAAAGAAAACCGACAUACAAGACCUGUGAGAAGGCUCGCAUGAAGAGGAAAAAAACCCAGCACACUACAGCGAGGAGAGCGUGGGUGAAAAGGAAAAGCACUUGUUGGGCCAACUACCCCUCAAAAAAAACUUGUUGGGCCAACUGACUUGUGGGAGGUCUGUAGGCGAGCGCAUUCUAUCACUCGCAAGUCGCAAUAAGCAAGAUAUAGUCUUUUGUGUUGAAUUGUUGCGUGGUACUUGCUCUAUUUAUCUGGUUAUAUAUGUUCGCAUGUUCAUAGCCGUGUUCCAAAUUUUGUUUCAUAUUUAGAAAUGAAGAAUUUACAAAGUAGUGUUGAUUAUUAGUACGCGAGUAUUUAGAAUCAGAGGACCUUGUCAUAGUGUCUUGUCAUAUUAGUUGGACCGAUUUGGCCCAACUAAGCAUGCACGGCUUCUGAAUUUCAUUCCUCCGAUGGUGGCGCCGGGCCGCAUACGCAUCAGCGGACAAGCCCGGCCACAGCCAGCCAGCGAGAUCGCCGGAGCGCCGCUGGUCGCGCGCUCUCUUCCGCCCAUAAAUACCAGGCAGUUCAUCCAUUAGAAUCCACACAGACACAGCUCGCACCACCAGCUACAUACACAUAACAGCAAUCAAAUCUCUCUUGGAUCAACCGAGAAGAUGGCCUCCUCCUCGAGGAUGCUCACGGUGGUGGUGCUGGCGGCGCUGUUCGCCGGCGCGAUGGCCGUGAAAGUGAAGUUGACGGUGCAGAAGGGGUCCGACAAAAAGAAGCUGGCGCUGAAGAUCGACUACACAAGGCCAAACGACAGCCUGUCAGAGGUGGAGCUCCGGCAGCACGGCUCAGAGGAGUGGCAGCCCUUGACCAAGAAGGGCGACGUGUGGGAGGUCUCGUGCUCCAAGCCGCUGGUUGGCCCCUUCAACUUCCGCUUCUUGUCCAAGAAUGGCAUGAAGAACGUCUUCGACGAGGUCUUCUCCACCGAUUUCAAGAUCGGCAAAACCUACCAACCGGAAUAUUGAUCCACACCGGCCAAGUUUCAGUUGAUCAAAAUCGUCGUAAUUAAUUAAUACCCAUGUAUGAGUCGCGUAGGAAAUAUGCGCCUGCAUGAGUGGAUAGCUAGUGAAUAAUUUAAAUAUAUUGUGCACAUGCAUGCAUAUGGUAGGAGAAGCAACGACGGAUGUGUUCCCGUUGCUCUCCCAUGCAUGCAUGCAUCCACUGUCGAUCGAGGCAGCACUUUUCUUUUGUGUAACCGAAUAUGCUCAAGAGUUUCUUAAUGAUCUAUGGAAGAAAACUCUAGUUCAAAAAAGGACAGUUGUAAAUAGCGUGUGAAAACGUUCAAGACGCACAAUUUAUAUGUUCAUGAUGUAUUUAUUUGUAUGAAACUCAAAGAUUUGUGGAA